AUGGCUCCGAGAAACCGUGGUAGUAGACCAACGCUCGGGCAUGGUCUUGAUAAAGAGGUAUAUCAAAUAGUGCGCAAGAUUGCCGACGACCUCCACUUAGAAGGGGAAAAUGGACGCUUGACUCCAUGGUUUGUCUACGAGCGGAUAAAACGGUCAAAUUCUAGUCUCAAUCGAAGAGGGAAGAAAUUGCUGGAAGACAGUAUCGAACGGGUACUGGAGGUAGUCAAAACGGAUGCGCUUGGCGAUGAGGAAUCGGAUUCGGUUAACGGAGAUUUCGAAGGAUUGGAGGAGAAGAAUGAAAGUCUAGAUUCUAAUCGCAUGAACAAGAGUAUCGUGGGGAUGUGGGACACUCAAUCAAAGAUGCCAGCGAUGCCCAAGAAACCAGUGGAUGUGGCAGGAACUGAUUCAGCAUCGCCAGUGCCUACAGCUAUAUCAAAUAAGCGACGGCAGGCUGGCGGGGAGUCGCAUCCUAAACGAAGAAAGGGUGAAAGCAAUAUUGACAGGUCACCUCCUACUCAUGUAAACUUGGCGGAUCUAGGCGGAGUGGACGAUAUAAUUCAGGAACUUGAAGACCUUCUAGUCUUGCCCAUGACACGCCCUCAGGUCUAUUCCUCGUCGAAAGUGCAACCUCCCCGGGGGGUAUUGCUUCACGGCCCACCUGGUUGUGGCAAAACCAUGAUUGCCAAUGCCUUUGCAGCGGAGCUUGGUGUGCCGUUUAUCGCAAUAUCAGCGCCGUCGAUAGUCUCUGGUAUGUCUGGAGAAUCCGAGAAGGCACUACGGGAACAUUUCGAUGAGGCAAAGAAGGUUGCGCCAUGCCUCAUAUUCAUUGACGAAAUCGACGCGAUCACCCCUAAACGCGAGAGUGCUCAGAGGGAAAUGGAAAAACGUAUCGUUGCCCAAUUACUUACUUGCAUGGAUGAUUUGGCUUUGGAAAAAACGGAUGGAAAACCUGUGAUUGUAUUGGCAGCUACGAAUCGACCAGAUAGCUUGGAUGCUGCGCUACGGCGAGGUGGGAGAUUUGACAAGGAGAUCAAUCUUACCGUCCCGAGCGAGCCCGUGAGGGAGCAAAUCCUUCGUACUCUAACAAGGGACAUGAACCUGGCAGAUGAUCUGGACUUCAAGCUCCUGGCAAAAAGAACCCCCGGAUUUGUCGGUGCUGAUCUGAACGACCUCGUCUCCACCGCUGGAUCGGCAGCCAUAAAACGAUAUAUUGAACUCCUGAAAUCACAUACAGGCGAUGAAAUGGACAUAGGAGACACUGCAAAUGAAGAUGGUGGUAACCGCAAUAGCAGCAUCAGCCCCAAAAUCCUCGAACUCCGCCGCCUCAUCAAACACGCCCGCGAAACCCCUCUCGACUCCGAAGCACAAACAGUCUCAGUCUCCAACACAGAUUUCUUCACCGCCCUACCUAAAAUCCAACCGUCCUCUAAGCGCGAAGGUUUCGCCACCAUCCCAGACACAACAUGGGCAGACAUCGGCGCCCUAUCCGGCGUCCGUGACGAACUCGCCACAGCAAUAGUCGAACCCAUCCGCAACCCAGACAUAUACGCCCGCGUCGGCAUCACUGCCCCAACAGGAGUUUUGCUCUGGGGCCCUCCAGGCUGCGGAAAGACUCUCCUCGCCAAAGCAGUCGCCAACGAGUCUCGCGCCAACUUCAUCAGCGUCAAGGGCCCGGAGCUGCUGAAUAAAUACGUUGGCGAAUCCGAACGCGCCGUCCGGCAGGUCUUUGUGCGCGCCCGCUCCUCGGUCCCCUGCGUCAUUUUCUUUGAUGAACUGGACGCCCUCGUCCCCCGCCGCGAUGAUACGCUCUCUGAAGCUUCCGCGCGUGUCGUCAAUACCCUUCUCACCGAGCUGGAUGGGCUGGGUAGCGCGCGGCAGGGUAUAUACGUCAUCGCCGCCACAAAUCGGCCGGAUAUUAUCGAUCCGGCUAUGCUGCGGCCGGGCCGGCUGGAGACCUUGUUGUUUGUAAAUCUGCCUAGUGCUGAUGAGCGGGUGGAAAUUCUGCAGACGCUGCUGCGGAAAUUGCCAAUUGAGUUCUCGGAUGAUAUUGAAGGGUUGGCGAGGUCGUGUGAAGGGUUUAGCGGUGCUGAUCUGGGAUCGUUGUUACGUCGGGCUGGCUAUUCUGCCAUAAAGCGGCGGGAUACGAUACGUUUCGAGGACUUCGUGGCGGCGAAAGCGGGAAUUAGGCCUAGUGUGUCGGAUUUGAGGAAGUAUGAGAAGUUGAGGAGGGAUUGGGAAGGUGGGAAUGUUAUCUAGACGUAUAUCUUUUGGAAACCCUCACUUAUAGUGAAUCAUAAAACCUCUGUCCACUGGUAACUGAGCAUUUUAGAUGAUUAUCAUG